AUGAUUUGGAGAAGUGUCCUGCUAUCAACAGUUAAAACAUUCUGGAUCAAUUUUUUCGAUGCCUGCAUCCAUAUUCAAAACAUUCAAUUCACUCAAACAUUUUAGGCGGCAGCGGUGGCCGCAGUAAUAGACUCUUCGGUCUCCUGAUCAGUCGCCGUGCGCUGUGCGGGUUCGAGUCCCGUCCCAGGAGAAAUUUUUCUCUUGGCUAUGGAUGUUGUGAUUGUCCGUAGGUGGUAGACGGUCUCUGACUGUCGAACGCGGAGGUACCACCCGGCGGAUCUCGUAGGCGGAGCCAGAAUGUGUGCAUCUUCCAUGCACACGUGUUCCCUCGCCAGAGUCGGUGUGGCGUCCCCCCUUUUCC